ACAGAAGUAUCGAAUGUAAAAUCGUUUCUUUUAUUACUAUUGAUAAAAAAGGCCCGUAUUUUUUGUCAUUUGUUCCCCGUGAACAGAACUAUCGUCAGUGUGACGUGACAAACUGAACGAAAUAGUUGCUUUGUGAAUUUAACCAUGGAUUAUAAGAUUAUUUUAUGCUUCAUUCUUCUCAUGUAUAUAGUCGCAGCGGACGAUGACAACGAUGAUUACAAUAAUUAUGAAGAUGAAUAUGAAAACACACUUUCCGAUGAGGAAUUUACAAAAAAAGAUGAAUCAGUCACGACGAGGCCGGUGUCAAGAUACGAAGUGACAGAAAUAGUAAUCGAUAUACCUGAUAACAGAACGAAGGGACCUAUUGUAACUAACUAUUCAAUUGCAAGACCGUUGAAUUUAGCUCCGACAAAUAUUACAUUGACAAUAUUUGAAAAAGAAAAUAACACAGUAGAUAAUAACAAUAACAAUAAAAUAACAGCAAACAAAAAUGAUAAAGAUGAUAAGAUAACUGAUCCAUAUGAUAACUUGCCAUUUAUGCCAAUGAUCAAAGAAUACUUCCUUGGUAUCAAAAAAGGAAUAGUUGACGGUUUCAAUAGCAUCGUUCAUGUAAAUGAAAAAAGCAAUGACGUAGAUCAUGUACGUAGUUACGAAGGACCAUUAUCUUUUUUAAGCAAAUUGCAUAAACAAAGUUCCGAUUCAGCGCAUAAAUUUCACAGUACGCUAUUUGGACCAAAAUUUGACGAUAUUUUAUAA